GCGAACCCCUAUACAACCAGACAUCAUGAAGACAAUGAUCUUCAUCGCCCUCUUCUUCGUCGGUCUGGCUUCCGGCGCAAUAGAUGUUUCAGGAGAUACAUGCAUUGAAGAUGAUCCCUGCAAGUACUCCGUAUGUCGGAUGGCCCCUCGCGGCGGCACUACUUGCAGUGGGACCUGCGAAGGAGGGGUUGUAUGGAUGGACAAUCGUGGCGAUGUAAUUGACUGUGAUACAUGCGGCUCUACUGAGACCGUGAGCUGUGCGGCGGACAUGUGUGCGAACGCUUCGUGUCCGGGACGCGAAGAUCCACCUCGGUGCAGAGUCUUCAACUGUGGCCAUUGCGUCCCCGAGUUCUUCAAUUUCGGGAGCAACGAUCCGGUUUGCCUUGGUGCUUUGCAGGAGUAAUAGUUUCCGUGUAGCGGUUGUGACCGCGGCGUUUUUUUCCAACUUCUUUCGUGAUGACGUUAAGUGUAAUACGCUUCACAUUUCGGUACCUUAUAGCACAAAGCAAAGUGCAUGCACACGGGCAGGACCAUUGUUGUGUGCAGCUGCCAUUUGUUUGCAUGUUUAAAAAAAAACGCGGCGGUUGCGGUGGUUUUACCGCGUCAUAUCUGAACAGGGUAUAUAAUAAAGCCAGUUAAAGUUGAUUCAUGUAGUUUCCCGUCCGGACUGUGGGGGUGGGGA